AGCGGGGCGGGGCGGGCCGGAAGGCGGCGGUGGCGGCGGUUCCGGUGGUGGCGAUGAGCUUCGCGUGGCCCUGGCAGUACAGCUUCCCGCCCUUCUUCACGCUGCAGCCCAACGGCGAGACGCGGCAGAAGCAGCUCUCGGCCUGGUGCGCGUUAGCGCUCGCCUACAGCCAGCGGCACCGGCUGCCCGCCAUGACGGUGCGGGAGGCCCAGGACAGCCCGCUCUUCGCCAACCGCCGCCUGCAGCGUAUCCUUUGGGGCCUGCCCCCCCCCCCCCCCGGUGCCCCCCAUAUGUCCCUGCUGCCCCCGCCUGCCGCCCUGUCCCCUGCCCUCCCUUCCCAGAUCGGUGAGCGCCUCCUUAACCCCCGCCCAGGGAAGCUCCCGCUGGAGUCUAUCCAGGUGGUGCUGGAGGAGCUCCGCAAGAACGGGAACCUGGAAUGGUUAGAUAAGAACAAAACCAGUUUUCUGAUCAUGUGGAGGAGACCAGAAGAAUGGGGGAAGCUCAUCUAUCAGUGGGUGUCGAAGAACGGCUUGACCAACUCUGUAUUCACGCUGUAUGAAUUAGCCAGUGGAGAUGAUACAGAGAAUGAAGAGUUCCACGGCUUGGAUGAGACUAUGCUGCUCCGUGCCCUGCAAGCCUUGCAGCAAGAGCACAAGGCUGAAAUUAUCACGCUGGAUGAUGGCCGAGGUGUCAAGUUCUUCUGAUAGGAGCCCCCUCCUUCCACUCCUCCCUGGCUGCUGAAGCGGUUCUCGCUGUGAAGGUUCGCUCUCCUGGCCUGGUGUCAAGCCGUGACUGCGAGCAGCUGCGUACUUGGGAUUUCUUGGGGCAAGGAGAAUCUGUGAAGCCUUCCAAAGACAUGACUUCUUAGAAAUAUUCAGAGAUCCUCUGUCUGUCUUUUCUCCCCGUUGAUUGUGUUUGAGAGGCUAAAGCUGCUCUAGGCAGUUCUGAGAGGGGACCACCCAGAAGUGGAAUAGCGGGACCGCUCCUCUAGCUGAUCCUCAUUCCUGCAAAGGCCACGGAGCGGUCUCUUCAGCCUCUGGUCGAGCUUGGCCUUGAAGGGCAGCUCCUUCCCUCCUGCCAGCCGUGCGCUUGGGCUCUGCAGUCCCCGCUGUGUUGCCCAGCAGGAUGAAAGCAAGCCUGAGGAACUCGCCGUCACUGCUGCGGCGUAGACGACCUCAAUGGCAGAAUGAUGUGUGCUUGCCGCAAAGCAGGCUGUACAGUGGAGUGGGGGUGGAUGCCAAGGAACUAAUUUGAAGUAAUUAAAAUGACAUGUAUUUAUAGAGCAGCCUGGGUGUUUUCGUUUAUCUCUAUUUUUCCAUUAGAAACAAAACAGAGCAGCGUACCAGAUUCCAGCCCUUCAGCCAUGUUUCUGUACCGCACCAGAUGAACGCGGCAGCGUGCUGGGGAGAGGGUGGGCCUGCCGAGCCACCCCACCCCACCCGAGCGGGAAGCAGGCAGCACGAGUGCUUUUUUCCAUGUGCCAGACCUACGGGCCGUGUGGGCCCUCGCUGCCUGUCUUCAGGGCAACCUUUACUUUCAUUUUCCACAUGCAAUCCACUGAAAGCUAAUGGGUUUAUUGCAGAGGUGACGAGGUAAGCUCUGCGCAACAGCGGCUGGUAGAGGGUAUGACUAAGUUUUUAGAUUCUCAGUGCUGAUAACGAAGUACAAGCUUGUCAGAAACCACGACUCAGGUACAUUCUGUGAGCCGGUGAAUCCUUAACCGCUGACCGGGGAAGCUGGAGAGCUGUACCGGGGAAGGAUGGUGCUCGCCCUUCCCCUUCUUUGCCUGAGCAUUCAGUGCUUGUUGCAGGCGGUCGUGGGGUGCUGCGCUGGAGCGACCUUUGAUCAGACCCAGCGUGGUCGUUCUCGGGAUCCGGUGGAGCAGACGGCGCCAGCUCCCUGGCACGCUGAUAGCCGUCUGUCCCCAGCCGGUGCUGAGCAGCUUGUCCUGCCUGCCCUGCCCUGCCCUGCGAGGACGACUCGGCAUCGCUUCAGCUGCAGUGCUGCUGACAGCCCUCGUUGAUGCAGGACCCCGUUGACCUGAAUUCAGCGGGAUGUGCUGGCUUGAUCCGGGCAUGUCACUCUGGAGCUGCGGCUGGAGGCUGGUGCCCAGGGUCCCCCUCUGUGCCGGUGACGGGGAAUUCCCAUGUGCCAGCGCUGCUCUGCUGGCGAAGGGCACCGGCAGCACUCGUGCCGAGUCACUGACACUGGGCUAACGUGGUCUCUGAUCCUUUCUGGAGACCGUCAUCCCUACGAGCAUUGAGAUGACUUACAUGAGCGAAGGGGACGGCGCAACCCGCGGUGAGGACGCCUGCCCCCCUCCUGCUGGUGCCGCAGCAGAAGCAAAUGCUGGCGCAGGCUGUGCCACGCCGUGUGCCGGCAGCCCCGCAGCAUAUCCCCGCAGCUGGCGCGGGCUCUGCUCAAACCGGGGGUCCUCCCUCUGUGUUUGCAGCCGGGAACGUCUCUGCGUAGGAAUCCUCCACUACCAGUGUCUGCCCUGGGCUUGUUUUGAUGUCCGAGAUCUGCCUCUUCCUCCCUCCUCAUGCCACCAACAUUGACUCCUUCCCUCUCUGGCUGCUGUUUUCUCCCCUCUCACCGCUGUCGUACCCCUGCAGCGAGCCGUGUUUCUGUGCUGGCUGUCCUGUGCCUGAUGGCAUCCGCGUUUGAUCCCGAAUAGCGAGCCUUUCGCAGCCAGGCCUGGGGUGUUUGUAUUUCUUGCUCUCUGUAUGUGUGAUGCCGACCUCUCAGCAUUGUGUUCUGAGUAGUGUGUGCUGUUUGUAACCUGGCUGUCCUUGAGUGAGUCUGUGUUCUUAAUUAAAUUUGCUCCCUUCUUAGGAAAUGGCUGAUGUGACAUUAGAUAAGCCUAAAACCAGCCUUUUUCUUUCCAAGGUGCUCCUGGCAGCAAUUCACUGCUAUUUUUCAGCUUCCUAUUUAGUUGCUUACUUAGUGAGAGGAGGAAUACAUCGUCCCCUUCCAGAAUGAACCCGGUGUAAAAUUCCUUUUUCCGCACCCUCCUGGCCAGUUACGAAAGGUCACAUCCAGCCGUGCCUGCGAGGUCCUUGUGGGACUGACUCCCUGGGCCGGGCACUACAGCAGCAGCGUUGCAGCAGCGAGGUGUUCGCAGAUGCCGUGGUCUGCCAGCGAUUGCCCGGGGCCGUGGGACGGCUCCUGGGGCCAAAGAGCCGCUGCCGCUUGGUGCUGCUGCCCAGGAGGGAGCAGAUGCUCCCUGGCUGUUCCCUCUGCGGGGGACGAAGGCAAUUUGUAGCUUGUGGUGAUGUAAGCUCUUGCCGGCGGGUAAAACAGCAUUUUAAUUGUCCUCUGGAACUGGCUUCCUUACCUUUUUCUCAGCCUUGUGUAGCGUUUGAUGAUGUAAUUAUGGGAUUGGGACGCCAGAGCCAGCCCAGAGAUGCUGUGAGGCUGCUCUGGUGUGGAAGCCCUCGGGUGCUGGGUAGAGAUGAAGGAGACGUGAUUAGACCGCUCAGAGGGAGAGAGCGUGGCGGCCUCCAGCCAGCACUUUCCCCUGAACGGGAGCAGCCGCGCUUCUUCCCGGCGCUUCAGACGCAGCGCGAGAGCCGUAGGUGCUCCCGGAGCAAAGCGAAGGGCAGGGGAGGGCUGUGUUCAUGUAGGACUAUGGCUGGAACCCGUCCAGGCAGCUCCCUCGUGUGCCAGGAGACCGUCCGCCCCGUCGCUGCCGAUCCCUUCUCACGGGGGUUUGGCCUUAAGAGAGUUUAAAACCCAACCCCAAACCUCUCCGCACCGUCACGGGCACGGUUCAGGCUCCAGCACCCAGAGGUGCUCUUCAAGCCUGGCCCCGCAGCCCUGCAGAGGGGCUCGCCAGAGAAAGGGGUGUUUCGGGGUGGGGGGAGGCUGACACAGCCCCCUGCCUCUGGCCCGUGGCCGCUCUGAGGCCGUCUGGCCACGGCGAUUAGGGCUCGCUGGCCAGGGCGAGGCAGCGGUCGGGGCACUGGUGCUGAGAUAAGGCGCUAUCAGGCCGUGCACGCUCGGAUCCCACUGGUCAGGGAAGGAAAAACGCCGAGAGGGUUUUUAUUUAACGCGGCUAGUUAGGAGCAAGACUUGUUUCAGUUUGAUAAAUUUAUAUGUUGGGAUAAACUUGCAGACAGGUUACAUCUGUAACUCUGGGCUAAGGAAAUCCUCCAAAGUUAUCUGCCGGGGGUUAAACCCACAGCUGAGGUUUGGGUGACAUCUCCUCCUCCCCGAACUCAUGUGUGUUAUGGCAAGGAGGGACGUGGGCACGGGGUGCUGAAGCCAGCCAUGAAACAAGCCCUGGGUCGCUGCGGAGCCCUCCUCCGCUCUGACCCUGCCUGGGAUGAGCACCCCAUCCUUCAUAGCCCGAACUGCACAUCCCCCAUCUGCGGGGGACGCCUGCAUUUGGACCCGUCCUGGCCCCUCCGUGAUCCUGCCCUGAGGUCCAGGAUCAGAACAGACAAUUCCUGGCAGGGCUUGCUGGAGCAAGGAGCUGAGCAGGGCUUUGAUUCAUGAUCUAAUCCUGAGGAGAGCAAUUACACAGUCCCCUGUUCUCUUCCUGGCAGCCAAACGCAAGUGAGAAAUGGGUUACGUUACCUGAUUGCAGCGGUUCCUCAAAGCGAAGGGCUGGCGCUGGCAUUCGCGGCCCAGAAAUGUCACCCUGAUAAUGGCCGCGGAGCUGCAGGCACCAUCUGAGCGCUGCAAUGGGCAGCUGGUUGUGGAGCAAGAACUUUUUGAUUUUGGGCCAAGCUGGCUCCAGCUCGGUGUCCCGGGCCAGGUCAGGAAGGGAGACCUGCACCCCUGCCCAGGCUGCCUCCCCCCUGCCCGAGCUGCCUCCCCCCUGCCCGGGCUGCCUCCCCCCUGCCAAGCUCACGGUGUGGGGCGGCAUUUGGGGACGCGGUCGGGGAACUUCUCAGGCCAUUCACCAGGGAGGUGUGGGAGGGCAGCAGUCGGAGCAAACUUCACCCCUAAUUUCCUCUCCUGUCUGCAGGGGCCUCACCGGGACCGGGACACUCCUCUGCUCCUCUGGGAUCUUCUGAGGCAUCUCGUUUCACGAUGAAAAUACUUGAUAAGGGGACACGAGCCUACCAGAGACCAAGCAGAGAUCCCUGCCCGACUCUGUGUCUCACCGAAGAGCUCGGGCGCUCUGCCAGCCUGCGUCGUGUCCCUGUGCCUGGGCAGCGUGGGGCCCCUGGCAGGGACCCCCGCGUGGAGGCAGCCACAGAGCCGGCCCGCAGGAGCUUGGGCAGCGUUUCGGCUGGACCCACGCUGCCGGUCGGUCUCCCUGCCCAGCUCGGGGCUGGCCGCCCUCAGGACCCCGUCGCGGAUGUGCUGGGUCUGUCCUGCGGCCACCCUGCUCCGUGCUGUGCGGAGGGGGAAUCCAUCAACGUGUGCUGGCCGGUGCUGGGAUUGAUCCUCCAGCUGGCCCCACCGCUGCCUGAGCUGCCAGAUUUGCCUCCGCUUCAGCAGCUGCAGAACGAGACGCGGCGCUGCCUGUCGUGCGGGUCAGGCUGAGGAUUUUCAGUCGGGAAGGACUGUGAAAUCUCCACCUCUGCUGGAACCUGUAGCCAGGACAGGCUGAAAAUAAAAGCAAUUACUUUUUAAGCAGGGAGGUUUUUAAACCUGACGUGUUACAUGAGGAAAAGCUGCAGCCUCAUGUCCUGUGAUGGGCUCUGGAGGAGAGGCAGAGGCUGAAGGGGCUCCUCGCACGCCUCUUCCUCCCGUCCUGGGCUGCAACAGCGAUUGCCUGGCUCCUGCGUGGACUCCUUACUUCGUGCAGCCUGUGAGGUGCUCAAGGAGAGAGUUCAGCAGGAGCGGGAAAGCCCGAGAGGCGCAGCAUCAGAGGAGGCUGAGAGGGGAUCGGGGUGUUCCCCUUUCUGGCAAGGGAUCUGGCGAGAAGCGGGCAGGUCUGGGGUAGGAUGCACCUGAACAAAGCCCGUUGUUUGGCAGAGCUGAGUCAAACCGUCACGUCUCAUGAGAAGAGAAUCUCUCACGCUAGGCAGGGCCAGCGUGAGCACCGCGCCCAUCAGCCCAUCUGCCCUGGCCUUUUGUCUCUGGCAGCCGUGGAUGCCUGGUGCUCUGGCCGAGAGGCCGCCUCUCCCGCAGGCAGCAGGCAGAGCCCUGCAGGGAGGCAGGCACUGAACACCCAUCUUUCAGCUGGUAGCGGCUGUUCCCUUGGGACCGUGCCUCGUGCACGUUCCGGGGAGCACGGGGCUGGGUGAGGAUGCCGUCACUGCUCCCUGCUCACCAGCUCACGCUGCAGGUGAGUGGAUCUCAGCAAGGAGACGUCGGUCAAACCCCUUCCUGGCGAGGUGGUACCUGGCUCCUCUGGUGAGCUGGAGAGCAGGGCUGGACGAGGGGGUCAUGUUCUGUAGGAACAACAUUUCAUUGAAUGUUUCUCCCUCCUGCCGGACGGGGGGGAUUUGUGGGGCUGCAGCUGUGCUGCGGAUUCAGCAGCCCCACAUCACCCCGCAUCAGGUCAGCCUUUGAGGAGGACGCGGUUGUUCUCCUGUGUUGAUCCCCUCCUUAAUGUUUCUGGUAUCGUUGAGUAGAAACAAUCUGACCUUAGGGAAAAGAAAUUAUAGCGCUGGG